AUUUCAACUGGGAAGUGUCUGUCCCGGGCCAAUAUACAGAACACCAGGGGGCAAAAGAGACCAUUUAGCUCUCCUUCCUGAGUUUCACGCCGUGGAUAUUCAAAUGGCCAGUCGGGGCGGGCCCUUACCUGCGUUUUAAGGGCUGGACGUCUGAGGUUCGCACUGUACUUGCCCAUAGCCAACAGACACAGGCGCUGGCAGAGUCACACUACCACCACAGCGCCUCAGAAGAACCGUCACGGAGUUUUUGCUCACUCACUCAAGGGAAUAUGCUCAAAUAUUUUUUUAUUUCACAAAUUGAUUCUUCAAAUAUUAAUUUAGAAGAAAUGGAUAGCUGAGGCGCAGAAGACAUUACACAGUAACUUCAACGAAACCACGAUCAAAUAACUGCGUUUUUGGUGCCUAAUUUCCCAAUAUUUCUUCUAUUCAGGACUGAAUAACUUUUCUUCUACACUUGCGUGGAUGCAAGUCACAUCAAACUGGAUACCCAGAUUCUUCAUUGGGAGUAGAAACAAAUAUUGAAGCCUUGGUUGUUGAGCUGAUUUUUUCCCCAAGAAUUUUGUGCUAGACAUUUCUCGAAUUCAAGGUUUUCUCGGGGAUGUUGAGCUCCGUGAAGAUGGAAUCCCAUGAAAUGCCAGAGUGGAAUGCGUUCUACCCCGACGCCAGUGAGAUGUACUCCUCUUCCAGUGCCAUGAAUUCCGGUCUGGGCGCCAUGGGAUCACUAAACAGCUACAUCAACCUGAACUCUGCUGGCUCCGGCGCCCCCAUGAACAUGGGCUACCCCAGCCCCGGGCUGAGCAGCAGUCCCCUGACCUCCAUGGGCGCGGGGGCCAACCACAUGAGCCUGUCCCCCGUGACCUCCUCCCUGAACGCCGGCUCCCUCACCCAGUUGGGCUCCCCUGCCUCCACCCUGGGCUCCCUGUCACACUACCCUGGCAUGGGCCAGCAGGUCAGCCAGCUGGGCUACACCUCCCCGGGCUCGCUCCAGCGGGCCAAAGAGGUGCCCAAGCCGUACCGCCGCUCGCUCACGCACGCCAAGCCACCCUACUCCUACAUCUCCCUCAUCACCAUGGCCAUCCAGCAAUCGGGCAGCAAGAUGCUGACGCUCAACGAGAUCUACCAGUGGAUCAUGGACCUGUUCCCAUACUACCGCGAGAACCAGCAACGCUGGCAGAACUCCAUACGCCACUCUCUCUCCUUCAACGACUGCUUCGUCAAGGUGGCCCGCUCGCCCGACAAGCCCGGCAAGGGCUCCUACUGGACGCUGCACCCCAACUCUGGCAACAUGUUCGAGAACGGCUGCUACCUGCGCCGCCAGAAACGCUUCAAGAUCGAGGACAAGAGCGGCAAGGUGAAGUCAGCCAAGUCUCAGGAGGGCGGAAGUGAUGGCGGCGGCAGGAAGGGGGCCCACAACGGAGACGGGCUUCAGGAAGACCACAGCCCCACCAGGGGCUCGGAGGGGGCCGAUUCGGCCCACUCGGACAGCUCCCACCCCGGGUCCGUAACAGAGGAUCACCACCAGCAGCACCAGCAGCAGCAGCAGCAGCAGCAGCAGAGGAGCCUAGUGCAGCUGGAAUGCCCCCCUCCUACCCCCUCGGUGGUCCAGAGCUCGCCGGUCCCCAUCCCCUCCUCGGUGCCCUCCUCCAUCGCGCCCGCAGGUGCCCACCUGCACUCCCAGUCGGUAGGGGGCAGCCCGCACUUGCUGUCGGGCGGCGGCGGCGUCAUGAGCCACCUGGACAUGCACAACGACCCGCUCAAGUCCAUGGACCCACACUACAACUUCAACCACCCCUUCUCCAUCACCAACCUCAUGUCCAACGAGCAGAAGAUGGAGAUCAAGUCCUACCAGGAGCAGGUGAUGGCCUACAACGGCUACGCCGCCUCCUCGCCCGUGGCCGCCAAGCAGAUCUACGACCCCGCUUCGGCCACCUCGGCCCUGGACUCCGGCGCCUACUACCAGACGCUCUACAGCCGCUCCGUGCUCAACGCGUCCUAACACCGUCCCACACAGUAGAAAAAAACACCUGCAGUGUUAAUGUAACAUUUAGAGAGCACUCUGGGACCAAAUACACGCUAGUCGAUGUUGUAUUGACUCUCUAAGUGUUGAAUUAAUGCUGAAAAAUGUACUCUUGCACCCCCACCACCAGCCCUCGUCUUGACACAGGUUGAGAAAGCACAGCAGUGUGGGGACAGGGGGACACUGCAGGUCUCCAGAAAGCCACAAACGGAGGAGCCAGUGGCUUUGACUUGAACGAAUGAGAUGAGGAAUGGGGGAGAAACUGACUGGCUGAGUUACAGGACCUCACAGGGAAGAGAGCACAAAAUGGCAGCUCUCUGCUUUGCUCUGCGCUGCGCUGUGCUGCGUUGCUCUACUCUUGUCUGGCCUGUUCUCACCCGGUGAAAAGAAGGGACCACUAGUUACACACAGCUGAUAAGGCAUGGCAGCACUGUGGCCUGUGUACACUGUAGGAAAGCAGACACACACACGCACACGCACACACGCACAUGCACACGCACACACACACACACACACACAC